AUGGGGCUGUGCUCGUGCUGCUGCCGGUGCCUGGAGAUCAUGUGCGCCAUCCUCCUCCCGCCCCUCGGCGUCUGCCUCCGCCACGGCUGCUGCUCCAUGGAGUUCUGGAUCAGCGUGCUGCUCACCAUCCUCGGCUACCUCCCCGGCGUCCUCUACGCCGCCUACGUCAUCUGCUCCGUCGACCCCGACCGCGUCCGCCGCCACGACGACGACUACAUCUACGUCGCCUGA